UCCAUAUAUAAAAUGUGCUUUGGGCUUUCAAAGAAGUUGAAUCAUUCUCUCUUCUCAGACAUGGCUGAUGAGGUGAAGCUCCAUGGAGUAUGGAACAGUCCAUUUAGUUGCAGGGUGAUAUGGGCUUUGAAGCUGAAAGGCAUCCCAUAUGAUUACAUAGAAGAAGAUCUUCAAAACAAAAGUCCUGAGCUCCUAAAAUACAACCCAGUUCACAAGAAAAUCCCAGUGCUCGUUCAUGGAGAAAGGCCAAUCUGUGAGUCCAUGAUCAUCGUCGAAUACAUAGAAGAAACAUGGCCACAGAAGUACCCCUUGCUGCCCACUGAUCCUUAUGAGAGAGCCAUGGCUCGGUUCUGGGUUAAAUAUUUCGAAGAAAAGAGUGUUGCAAUUUGGAUGGUCUUCAGAACCACCGGCGAAGAGCAAGAGAAGUUCAAGAAAGAGAGCUUGGAGAUGCUGAGAACCAUCGAAGAGCACGCGGGCAAUCUGGGAAAGAAGAAAUUUUUCGGAGGAGACGAGAUUGGAAUAGUGGACAUAGCCUUUGGGUGGAUUGCUCAGUGGUUUGAAGUUGUUGAAGACGUGGUUGGGGUGAAGCUAUUUGAAGCCCAUGCAUUUCCUUGCUUGCACGCAUGGACUCAAAACUUCAAACAAGUGCCUGUGAUCAAAGAAAAUCUUCCUGAUCGUGAUAAAAUGUUGGUCCUCUUUAAGAGUCUCAGGGAAUAUUUGUUGGCGUCUCAGUGAGACUUGCAAAAGAUUUCUGAGUGCUUCAACUUGUUUUGGUUCCUUUCCCUGUGGUUUAUCCAAGGUUUAUAUUAUCUUAAAAUCGGGGACAAGAAAGGGCCGGGAUCCUUGUUUAGUUUCCUACCUUUCUGGGUUUCUAUAUUAUGAAUAAAAACAUCUACUGUUGUCAAGAGCAGCAACAGACGAUGUACCGUCCUCUUUAGUGGAAUAAUAGUUGUCAGUGGCAUAGACAACGGUAAAUUUUGAAUUAGACAACGGCCAAAAUCCGUCAUUUAUGACCUUCUUUUACUUGUUUAGAACAAAAAUACUUGUCCAACAUUGUAGUCUUUACUGAAUUGAUACAUAGGUUCUAGGAAUAUCUAGUCUUUAUUUAACUUUCCACUGCCUUGUCGCCUAUCGAUUGCUUACUUUUGGUUGAUUGUUACUCUGGAGCAUCUAAACAUGUACG